AUCAUUUAAAUAAACUUUUAUAGUUUGAAUAUUUUAACAAAACCAGGUGAUAGUCAUAUUUUAUAGUUGAUAAACUUCCAACUAUGACAAAGAUGCCUUCAAAUUGACUCGAAACCAAUGCUUCAGAAAUUCUGAAGAGGAUGAAAAGAAGACUAAGGUUACAAAGUCCUAAGCCAAGAAGGAAUCCGAAGACUUCAACCUUUUCAGAAUUAAACCCUAGAAUGCCCAGUGUUGAGAGGCUGGUGCCAUCGAACUUUCAGUCUUUUAAAGAAAUGGCUAAGAGAAAAUAACGAUAGUGAAGGAUAUAAAAGAUUAAUCAAGUCUUUCUGAAUUAGAAGCCAACUCCCCCUAGAUAAAGAGAAAACAAAACAGACAUGCAAUGAAAAGUCCACAGGAGAUUUACUCAACCACCCUGAAUUUCGGGAGAUUAAUAGAUCAUGUAUCAAUAGACAAGGCGAAAACUUGUCAAAGCUUUCAGGAUCAGUCUUUUCAGAUUCAAAGCAUCACAUGAACAGUAAAGCAAGGAAGAGAUUUCUUAGGAAUAACAAAUUUUUAAGAACUAAUAUCGCAGUGAGUCCUACACAGCAAAGAAGUACAAUGAAAUCACCAAUCACUUGAUUGAAAUCUCAUAUUAUGAUUGGAGCUAAAACCUCAAAAGCAAGAGAUAGCAUGAUGAUGGAAGAUCAAAAAGAUAAAGAAAAAUGGUUCAGAGUAUACAAUAAGAAAUUAUAACUCUAUCGCUAUCGA